AUGCUGGUUGGUCUGGGAUUUCCUAUGAUUAUGGUUCACUGGAUCAUGGUGUGUAUUUCCUCUCCAAAAUUUUCUUUAGCAUUGAAUGGGGGGAUGCAUGGUUACUUCCAUGGUGCAAGAGGAUUAAGACAAGGGGAUCCUCUCUCCCCUUAUCUCUUUGUCAUUGGUAUGGAGUUUCUAUCUAGAAAGCUUAGUGUUUUAAAGGAUGAUUCCUCUUUCAAAUUUCACCCGAAGUGUUCUAAGCUUAAGAUCAAUCAUUUGAUAUUUGCCGAUGACUUGCUCUUGUUCUGUAAAGCUGACAUGAGCUCUAUUGCAAAAAUUUAUGAAUGCCUACAAGAGUUUGGACAAGCUUCAGGCUUGGAAGCUAAUGCAAGCAAGUGUGCUGUUUACAUUAGUGGAGUUAGUGAUAGUCUCAAAAAUCAGAUUUGCAGCUAUCUUAAUUUCCCUGAGGGUGUACUACCUAUGAAGUAUCUGGGGCUGCCAUUGAAUGCUAAAAGGCUAUCUUAUUCUGAUUGUUCUAGCCUUAUUGAAAGAAUUAAUAAGCAGUUCCAAACUUGGCAACAGAGAAAGUUUCUGUCCUAUGCAGGCAGGCUUGAGUUGAUAAAAUCUGUGAUAUUAGGCAUUCAAACAUAUUGGAUUAGCAAUUACAUUCUGCCAGUUAAAGUAUUGGAAAGAAUUGACAGAAUGAGUUCGGAAUUCCUGUGGGGACAUAAAAUUCAUCUUGUGAACUGGGAAUCUGUGUGUCAAGGAAAGGAGCAAGGGGGGUUAGGGAUUUUCUCAGCUAAGCAUUGGAAUUUUGCUGCUGCAACUAAGCUCAUUUGGAUGAUUCAUCUUAAAAAGGAUCUACUAUGGAUAAAGUGGAUCCAUGGAAAUUACCUACAGAGCUUCAAUAUCUGGUCUGUUCCAUCCAAGACAAAUGAUUCAUGGAUAUGGAGGCAACUCCUUAAAGUGAGGGAUAUGUUGUUGCACAAGUUUGGUAAUGUGGACAGUAUUGAGGCUGCUAUGACUAAAUGUUUUGCUGAGGGUAAACUCCACUUAUCUGCAGUUUAUAAGUCCCUUAUCCAGCCUUUGAUUACAGUGCCCUGGGCUAAAACUGUAUGGGAUAGUUUCUUAUAUCCCAAGCACUCUUUCAUUUUGUGGCUUGUUUGUCAUUCAAGGAUUCUCACUAAGGAUAGAUUGUGCCGAAUGGGUAUCUUGAGCACCAAUCAGUCUCACUGUGUUCUGUGUGAUAGGCAGGAGCUGGAGACUAGUAGCCACAUUUUCUUUGAAUGCCAAUUUUCAGCUGAAGUUUGGAAUUCAGUGUUGGAAUGGCUGAAAUAUAGAUGGAGAUCUUGUGUAUGGAGCUUGGUUUUGAAUUGGUAUUCAUGUAAUUUGAAAGGAAAAGGUCCUAUGAAGAAAUUGAAGAGGAUGUGUUUAUCCACUGCAGUCUAUAUGAUCUGGAAGGAGAGAAAUCGAAGAAUUUUUCAAGGCAAAAUGAGUCUCCCUGCUCAGGUUCUAAGAGAGAUCAAAUUCUCAGUUUUUGCUAAAGUUUACAAUGAUUCUUCUAAUGUACAUAUGAAAAAUAUCAUUGAGGAACUGUAA